AUGAACCAGACCAAGAUCAAGGAGUUCUUACUACUCGGAUUCACUGAGAACCGCAAACUAGAGAUCUUUCUCUUCACACUUUUCUUCAUCAUGUACUUCAUGAUCAUAACAGGAAACCUGCUCAUUAUUGUCAUCACUCUGACAGAUAUCAAUCUCCAAACCCCCAUGUAUUUCUUCCUCCGAAAUUAUGCUAUCUUGGAAAUUGGGUAUACUACUGCUGUCAUCCCAAAAGUCUUAAUCAACCUGGCAUCUGGCAGGAAGACAAUCUCUUUUGUCGGCUGUAUAAGCCAGUUCUUUCUGUAUUUCUUUUUGGGCACCACGGAUUUCUUCCUGCUGACAGUGAUGUCCUUUGAUAGAUACGUAGCCAUCUGCCACCCUCUGUGGUACACCACCAUCAUGAAUGACCAUUUCUGCAUGCUACUGGUGCUGUUAUCUUGGAUAGGGGGCUUCAUCCUGAUUUUUGGUCAAACCAUGCACUUCGUUCAGUUUCCCUUUUGUGGCUCAAAUGUCAUUAACCAUUUCUUCUGUGACAAUAGUCCUUUACGCAAACUCCUCUGUGGAGAUACAAAGAUCCUGGAGCUCAUCAGCUUCCUUGCUGCUGUGUUUUCUCUACUGGGAACUUUAGCGAUCACCAUUGUUUCUUAUGCGAAGAUUAUCUUCACCGUUCUCCGCAUACCAACUGCUGCAGGUAGGCAGAAGACCUUUUCCACCUGUGCUGCUCACAUCAUUGUAGUCUCUAUCACCUAUGGCAGCUGCAUAUCUAUGUAUGUCAAUCCAGUGCAAUAUGAUGGGCAAAACUUCAACAAAGCGGUGGCCGUUCUCAAUAAUGUUGUAUGUCCCCUCAUGACCCCAUUUGUUUACAGUCUGAGGAAUAAACAGGUCCAAAAUGCUUUAAAAGAUGCUUUUGUCUGUAAAAUGGUAUCUUGUAAAAUGCAGAGUGUCUCAUGGAGAUGGAAAGGAGAAUCCAAGGAAGAACACAGGCUAAGAUAG